AUGUCCAGUGAAGAAGAGCAGACGGAGCCGACACCUACUCUUUGUGACCUUCUGGAGCAGCUACCUGCAGUGCUGCCGACCCCUUUUGAGCCAUCGGGCUUGUGUGAUCUUGUUGAGAUUGAGCUUUGUUGGUCGCCUGCUUGGCACAUGAUGCAGUUGGGAGUCCACAUGCCCACUCGCGGCUUGGCGCUGCGCCUGGAUCCCCACACUAUCAAUCAGGUUCGUGACCAGGCACAGCUGCGGGUGCUUCUGCAAGAGCUCUCCAACGUUCGCUCAGACGCAGCCACUGUGGCAGCAGGAGGCAGUCCGUGUCACUGGUCCUCCUGGCGUGCGGAGCCGGUGGCCAUGGCUCCACCAGUCAACAUCCCGCAGGCAGACCUAGCUGAGCCGAUGACCUCAGGCAGGCCGCCCCUCUUUGUUUGCCCGCACUUGACUGGGGAUGUAACCUUUGGUCAGACAGCAGCGUUGAAUAGCACUGGUCUUUCAAGGCCCUCUUCAGCAUCUAGCCGAGAGAUCAUGGCAGCGUUGAUGGAUUUGUUGAUUGAACAUUCGGAAGAUGAGGCAGCUCCGCCUGUUUGGCCAAAGGCGCCAAGCAUGCAGGAAUGGUCAAACCUGCUCUUAGCAAAGGAGACCCCAGCAUCACCACGGCUCGCCCCUCGUGGUCAGGUUCGACAGAUCACCUGUGAAGUUCAGCAGGACUUAGCGGAUGACCACCGUUUCUCCGUGGAGGGCAAAGACAAAAGUUGGUUUCUCCAAAAAGGCGGUAUCAGCUUUCACCGACCCAGUGCAGAGAGGUUUCGUUUGGACAUCACCUUUCAUGGCAGCCUCUUUGGCGACGACUAUGCAGAGUUAAGCAGAGUUGAACAAGUUCAGAGCAUCAACUGGCUCAUUGCAAUUGGUGUCGUGCGCGGGGAUGAAGAGCUCACAGGCUACAAGGACUGCAAGACAAGCGGGUACUACUUCAUUUUCCAUGUGAACUAUCGGCGUACCCGGUGGCGAAUCAUUGCUUGCCCUCACGAUGCAGUGGUCCAGGACAUCGGUGGAGAGCACUAUUGUUGCGACCCACAGGCAGACGGUCACUUUGAGAUUGACGCCUUCGAGGGGCAGACACUGUCUGUUGAGCUUGUGGAAAACGAGCUGUGGAUCGCAGAGGGUGGUGAGCGAAAAGCCCAAGGCGUUUGGGCCAAGAAUACAAAACUGCCACAAGGGGACUACUUCCCAGCAGUGCUUACUUCCAACUGUCCAACAAUUUUCUCAGCCAAAGUGCUGUGA